GAACGGGUUGCGCUUUGUUAGUUCCGCGGCACACGCGACCAGAAAGGAUCAUCCCGAGUGCUCUCUCUCUCGUGACACAUUCUAUUGUGUGUAAGUGAUUUUGGUUUCCCGGAGUUCUCUGUGACCCGGAUUCGGUUUUGCAAAUCGUCGACGGUCGGCUUAUCUGGCAUUCCGGGGACCGGCUGGCACACGGUACGACGUCAGACACACAGAGCGAUCAGCAGUGUAUUAGUCGUUCUUGUGCGUUAACGGGUUCAGUGUGUCCGUUCCGCGUUCUAACGUUCGACUUCUCGGGCUCGAGGGCUUAAAAUGAGACAGCUGAUCGCGGUGGCCCGUUUGCGAUUGAGAACGAUUGGCGAGUACUUCAAGGUGAUUCCGUUCUAGCAACGAUCGCGUGCUUGUGUGUGUUUCGAGUCCUAGACUCAGUGAUAUGUAAAGUUUCAAGACGCAUCGACGGUCCUAGAAACCUCGAUCGGACACCGCGACUCCUCUCCGGAUCGAUCGGACUUCCGGCGAGUAGCGAGUGCUGUGAGUAGUUUAAUAAGACAGGAGAGUUCGUCUGCUUGGUGCUUGGUGGCUCCCUCCAAUUUGUCCGCUUCAACAUGACUGGCAAAGACUCGGACGUGCUGGUGGACAAGGGCACCAUGCCAAAGAUUGUCGGCGACCAGAAGCCGGCCUGGCCAGCGACGCUGGUGACGAUCGAGAACGGCGGCGGCCAACCGGUGGCGACGGCGGCGGCCGAUAAAGCGGCCGAACGGGGCAAGGCGAUGCGCCAGGUGAUUGCCGCGUUCAUAGCGAACAUCGGCACGAUCAACACCGGGCUGAUCUUUGGCUUCUCGGCGGUGGUCAUCCCGCAGCUACAGUCGCCGGACUCGCUCAUCCCGGUGGACGAAAGCCAAUCGUCCUGGGUCGCAUCCCUAUCGGCGAUUGGCACACCGAUCGGCUGUCUGCUGAGCGGGUACGUGAUGGACACGUUCGGGCGCAAGAAGGCGCUGAUCGCGACCCAAAUUCCGACCAUCAUCGGUUGGAUCACGAUCGCGUGUGCCUCGCAGGUCGGCUGGAUCUACGCCGGGCGCGUGCUGACCGGCUUCGGUUCCGGUAUGGUCGGAGCGCCGGCCCGGGUUUACACUUCCGAGGUGACACAACCGCAUCUACGCGGUAUGCUGUGCGCGCUGGCGACGAGCGGCAUCAGUUUGGGCGUGCUGGCGCAGUACACGCUCGGUGCGGUCACCACGUGGAAGGUUCUGUCCUGGGUGUCGCUGAUGGUGCCGAUGCUGGCGCUGGUGCUGAUGUCGUUUAUGCCCGAAACCCCCAACUACCUGGUGUCGAAGCAGAAGCCCGAAAAGGCACUCAAGAGUCUGGCGAAGUUGCGUGGCUCCAGCUACAACAUCGAGCGCGAGGUCGCCCAGCUACAGGCGUUUGCGGCCAAAACGAACAACAACAGCAAGAAAAAGCUGUCGUUCAAGGAAACGGUGCAGGCACUGGUGCACCCGUCCUGCCUGAAACCGUUCGCCAUCCUGACGAUCUACUUCAUGAUGUACCAGUUUUCGGGAGUGAACACGAUCACGUUCUACGCGGUGGAAAUCUUCCGCGAUUCCGGCACAACGAUGGACAAAUACACUUGUACCAUUUUGCUGGGGGUGGUGCGACUGGCGUUCUCGAUCCUGGGUGCGAUCCUGCUGCGUCGCUGCGGCCGUCGGCCACUCACCUUCAUCUCGGGCAUCGGUUGCGGCCUCACGAUGAUCGGACUCGGUGUGUACCUGUACUACAAGCGUCAGUGGGAGCUGGCGGUGCCACCGGUCGAACCGGUCGCCACCUGGUUCCCGGUGGCGUGCAUCUUUAUCUUCAUCAUGACCUGCACGGUCGGCUUCCUGAUCGUUCCCUGGGUGAUGAUUGGGGAACUUUAUCCGAUGAGGGUGCGGGGGCUCAUCGGGGGCCUCACCACUUGCAUGGCACACAGCUUCGUGUUCAUCGUCGUCAAAACGUAUCCCUUCCUGACGCACGUUCUCGAACGCCACGGUACCUUCAUCCUGUACGGUUGCUUCUCCUUCGUCGGUACGGUCUUCUUUUACCUCUGCCUACCGGAGACCAAGGGAAAGUCGCUGCAAGAAAUCGAAGACUACUUCUCGGGGCGGCUCAAAACCCUGAAGAAAGCCAAACCGGGCAAGGCCAACAACGGUGGUGGUGGCGCCGGGAUGGAAUCGGACGGCCAGCAGCUCCUCGAAGCGAAACCUCAGCUGCUGACGGUGGAGAAGAACCAGCUGCUUCCCUAACGCUGGAUCCGCAGCAGCGGCUGGUCCCACACACAAAGAAAGAUCGUUCCUGAUUUCGUUCCUCGGUGGACCGCGGAUCCCUCACCAGCGCUCGUGCCGUUUUAGUACUCAACACAGAGCGGAAGCGAUCUUGCGGUUAAUGUUAGGUUUUAAAUCAACAGACACUCUAAGUAUUAAAGAGAACGUAUUGUGACUAACAGAUAGAUUUAGACAGUAAUUUGUAAUGGACGUAGAACGCGGAGAAUGUGACCCUGACCAACGCGACGAAAACUCCACGAUCCGGCGGAUUCGGACGCCGAUAUUUUAAAAGCACUCGUUAAGCGGUUUACGUAGUCGCCGCACAAUACAAUGAGCACACUCCUUUGCACAAUACAAUGAGAAAUACUCGCUCGUUAUGCGUCGCUCAAGUUUACGAAUGAAUUAACGAAGAACCUGCGCAAGGAUCGGAAACGAUAGAAAGUGAUACGGAGGAUACGGAGAAUAUUUGUGAUCAUACUUCGGUGCCUUACUAAUUCCGAUUUUUUCUGUCCUACGUCCAGAGAAUGUGUGUCCAUUGAGUUCCAAACGGAACAAAACACGCGGAACACAAAAACAUUGUUAAUUUUUGCGAAAAUUGUAAAAUAUAAAAUGAGAAAUUGUAAAAAUAUGUGAGUUUAUAUAUUGAACGAGAAAAUAAAGCAUCUUUG